AUGCAACCAGAUAUUUUUGGAUUAUUAUCAUAUCAGUUUCAAGUUGGUGGAUUAAUAUCAAAUUAUCCAUCAGGUGGAAUUACGGGUUAUAACUCUUUUAAUUCUUUAAUGACUAAUUAUGUAUAUAUAAGUUUUUCUUCUGGGCCAAAAGGAGAUACUCCAAAAUCACCAUCAACACAUUUUGUGUUUAGUGAUUUUACUGUUUCUUUGGGUGAAUAUUAUAAUAAUACAAAUGUGGAUUCUGUAACCAAUAUUAAGAGAUUCCCAAACGUUCAAGAUGUUCAAUUAAUGGGCAAAUCUUUUGUACCACUGUUCACAUUCGAGUCUGACACACCAUAUUUAAUUCCAAGUUUUUCAUUAAUGGUUAUUUCUUCCUUUCUUAAUUUUUAUUUUAGACCAAUUUCAAAAAAAAACAAUAUAACAACAUUUAUUGGUGCCUAUGGUUAUAUGGAUAGUGGAUUAUUAACUAAUUAUACUUUUUAUGCACAACAUCAAUCAAUUUCAACAAUAAGAGAUACAUUUAGUUUUAAUAUUAAAGAAUUUGAAAAGAAUUUAAUACCUAUAAAUACAAAUAAUAUUACUCAAAUCAAUAGUUGGUUGAUUAUAGAUUUUAGUUCUACUAGUCCAUAUGAUUUCACACCAUUCUAUAUCACUCAUUUAUCAACAAAAUAUUAUAAAUUUCCAUUUGGUUUCAAAAAAGGUGGGUUAGGAGGUUAUCAAUAUUCUGCAACAUUUUUAUUACCAGACGUCAUCUCAAAUCCAGAAAAUAUUUCAUUUUCAACAAACAGUUUUUUUAAAAGUUCUGAUAGCGAUGGUUUUACAUCAUUUGUUAAAUCUCCAAAUCAAGCUCCUUAUAGUGCGCCUGUAUAUGUUGAUCACAAAUUUUAUCAUAUAUAUGAUUCAUUUUAUUUAUUACUAUUUAAUAUCAAACAUGAAAGUCCAAUUUAUAAAAUAUCAAAUAAUUAUAGAGAUUAUUUCAUAACUACGCUAUCUUCUGGAACCGACAUGGAUGGUUGGUUUGAAAUGAUAGUCGAUACAAGAAGAAAGGUUACACAUAUUCUUACAAAUCAAUUCAGAUAUUUUGUUCCCUCUAUUGAUCGUUAUUAUUCUUCAAUUAAUUUAAAACCUUUUAAAAUACCUCCAAUAUUAGAUAAUAUAGAUUUUUUUAAUGAAAUUAGAGAUGUAUCAAUAUUAUAUAAAACUAUGAAUGUUACAAAUUCUAAAGCUGGAAAUAUAUUAUAUUUUAAUUAUACAAAUUUAGAUAUUGAAACACCAAUUAAUUUAUUAGUAAAUCUUCCAGAAUAUUUUGCAAACCAAAUUCAAUCCACUGUAAUUUUACCAGAGGUAUAUUUAGAUAAUUCAGUACCAGCAAUUUGGAAUAGUACAAUAAAUAUGUUUCAAGUUGAAUUUUUUUUACCAAAAAAUUCUCUACCUGGUAAAAUUCCAUUUGCUUUAUUCUUUAAAAAUGAUUUAUUUAUAUUAGGUCAAUCAUUAGGUCCAAAUGCUGAAUUUAAUGUAAUUUCUGAAAAUUGUGAUUUAUAUGGCCCAAUUUUUGAAAAUAUUAUAAAAAUAUCAAAUACAAUUAGUGGUGAUUUUCUUUUAGUUGGUUGGAAUUUAACUAUCAGUGAUCCAAUUAAUGGAUUUGCAGGUGGUUAUAUAGUUAUAAAAGGUACAGAUGGUUCAAUAUAUAAUAAAACUAUCAUACCAACAGAAAACAUUUAUAGUGAUACAUAUUUUGUUUCAGUAAAUAUAAGUUCACCAUGUGCAAAACAUAAUUUAAUAAUUACUGAUGUAGCACUAUUUGAUACUGAAAAUAAUAAUUCAACAUUUUCAAUAUUUAAUGAAUAUGAAGGAUUUUAUAGGUCACUCUUUAAUCCAUUUAUAAAUUUUAUUGGUGAUAAUUCAAUUAAUAAGAUUUCAGUUAACUGUAUUACAGAAGCUAUCGAUGAUACUCCACCUAAAAUAAUUAGUGUAUAUGUGGAUCCAAAAGAAAUUGAUAUUUCCAGUAAUUUAAGAGAUGUAGUAAUAGGUUUUAAUGCUGUUGAUUCAGAAAGUGGUUUAAAGAAGGACGCAUUACCAAUGGUUUAUUUAUCAAGUGUAGAUCUCGAUAAAAUUGAAUGUCCAAUUAUUAAUGUUACUGUUAUAGAUAAAUUCAAUUCCCUAUAUCGAUGCACAGUAAAUGUACCACUUGGUUUUGGUUACCCAUAUGGACUUUUAAUAUCAAUAUAUGGAUUGGUUAAUAAUGGUGGUACUUUUGGUGGUUACAGUACAGCUGAUUUGAAAGAAAAUGGUUUUCCUCACUCCAUCAAUACCACAUUUGCAUUGGGUUAUCCAAUUAUUGAGGGAGUUGGUAGAAUUUCGACACUAGGUGGUGAAAUUUGGAUUACAGGUAAAGGUUUAUUGGGUGUAGAUUAUGCUAUUUUAGAAUCUAAUAAACUUUUGGUCUCUAAAACUAUUGGAAACUCAGCCAUUUUAUUAACAGGUAUACCAUCAUUGACUCCAAAUACAAAAUAUUCUAUUUUCGUUGUCAAAGGAGCAUAUAUUUCGAAUCGAAUUGAUUUCAUACCAUAUGAAAAGGUUAUUGGUUCUCCCUCUCCGACAGAAACUCCUUCAACAACUCCUUCAACAACUCCUUCAACAACUCCUUCAACAACACCAACUAUUAAAUGUUCUGGUACACCAGAAUGUGGUGGUUCAUUAAAAGGUUAUUGUAAUUCUGGAAAUUGUGUUUGUUUUUCACCAUGGAUUGGUGUUGAUUGUACAUCAAAAAUAAUUUUAGUUGAACCACCACGAGUUAAUACAAGUGACCCAUCAAGUGAAAUUGAAACACCCAUUUCAAAUAGUUCGAAUAUUAAAGAAGCAGCAGUUUAUAAAUCAUUUGUAGCAUUAAUAGCACUAAGAGAACUUGAUUUUAAUGAUGUAGUAAUUAAUCAAUAUUAUUUUAGUAAAUGGUUAUUCAGUGAAAUUAGUCCACUAUCUUCAAAAUAUAUAACAAACAUUACAAAUAAUGAUGGUAAAUCAAUUUCACAAGUUACAGCUAUAACUGAAUGGUUCACUAAAGAAACAAACAUAUCAUUUGGAGGUAGUGAUUUAACAAUGAAUCCGUCAUCAUUAAAAUAUACUAUUUCAAUUGAUUCUUAUCCAUUUAGAGAUAAGCUUUGUAGAUUAGAAUUAUUAAUGUCUGCUUCUUUUACAUCUUCAAAAACUGAUGAUAUUUGUUCAUCGCAAGAAUUUACAACAACAGCAGCAGCAGCAAACUCAAAGGAUGACAAUGAAAUUAGUGGUGGUAAUAACUAUUUAAAGAUUCAAAUUGGUGAUCACUCAAUGUUUGCAAGAUUUUUAAAAAGAGGAAUUAUUGAUGAUAAAACUAUCACUGUAGAUAAUAGACAAAUCAUUAAUGAUGAUAAAACUACUUCAACAAUCGAAAACUCUGGAUAUCAUUCAAGCGCAUUAAUUGGUAUCCUUAUACCAUAUUUUAGAAAUUAUUCUACAAUAGAUCCAGAUUUCUCUGUAAUAAUAGAUAAUCAAUCAUCUUCACCCUCAUCACCAAAUUCAAUUUGUUCACAAACUUCAAACUCUGGACUUAGUAAAUCUUCUCUUGCUGGUAUUAUAAUUGGUGGUGUUGCAUUUUUCUUGGUAAUUGUCAUUUGUAUUAUAUACUUCCUUUAUAAGACUAACCCAGUUCCAUUUAAAUUAAUUAAACAAAGAAUUUUCCUUGGUUGUUUUAUUUCCAAAAAUUUUAAAUCGAAAUAUUAA